AUGUAUAUGAAACAACAACUUGGAAAUGGAGAAACAAAUCUUCGAACAUUAGGAAGAGUGUUAUCGGAAAUGGGCAAAUUUGAUUUAGCUGAAAAAUACUUUACACGUUUAUUAAAAGAACUUCCACCAAAUGAUCCUUUACUUGGUGAUUUGUACAAAGAUCUUGGUAAAAUCGCAUCACAUACUGGUGACUAUGACAAAAGCGUUCAAUGCCUUGAAAAAUCGCUAGCACUCAAAAAUUCGAGUGCAUUAACUGGCAUAUUGAAUGACGAUGAAGGUAGCCAUUCUAUUGGUAAGCUUAUCGAAAGAAAGUCAUAUCUUGAAACGGAUAUGGGUAAAUCCUUGGGGUUUCUACCACUUUGUGGAAGAAGGGUAUUCUGUGCCAAUGUUUUGAAAGAAAGGUUUCUUUUCACUUUUAAUAGUCUAGUUAGAUGUAUCAUAGUCGAAAACGGUCUGAGGCAACAAUUAAAACCUUUCUGGACAUAUAAAGUGUGGAGAACCGAAGCAUUUUUUAGGAACACUCCACACCGAUAAAGGUAAACCCAUAAUAACUGAUGAUAAACUGUUCAUCAUAUUUUUCAUACUUUUUGUUGACAUAGAGAGGUAAAAUUUUUAUCAAAUGUAAAUCUAAACAAGAUCUUCUAUUUCUGAAAUUUUCAGCUCUCUAGCUAAAACUAAUGGUGAAAUACAUCAAGUUUGCGCUCGAUUUUUCCAAUAAUUUAACAGUAAAAACAUGCAAAAAUCAAGUACAAAACUUCAUGUAUUUCAGUCUUGUCGAUGUAUUUCACUAUUAGUUGUGGCUAGAGAGCUGAAAAUUUCAAAAAUAAAAGAUCUUGAUUAGAUAGACAUGUGAUAAAAAUUUCAGCUAUCUAUGUCAACAAAAAGUAAGAAAAAUAUGAUUAACAAUUUAUUAUAGAAUAACCUUUAUGUGCAUGAAGUGUUCCUAAAAAAUGAUUUGGUUCUCCACACUUUAUGUGUCCAAAAAGGUUUUAAUUGUUGCCUUAGAUAGUUUUCGACUAUGAUACAUCUAACUAGACUAUUAAAAGCGAAAAAAAGAAUUUUUUCCACAAAAGUGGUAGACACCCCACGGAUUCACCCAUAUCUUAUAUAAAAAUGAAUGUUGUAUUAUGCAAAAUGCAGUUGUAAAAACUCAGAAGAACGAAAUAAUGAAAAUUCAUAAUCGGCCCCAUUGAGAAAUUGAAGGUGUGGGUGUGG